AUGUGGGGUAUACUGUUCAAUGGUCUUUUAGCAACAGGAAAUAUUUUUUUCAAUCGUGGUCAAAAUACAACUCCUGAUCAACGGCCAAUAUCUAAAUGGCGUACAUUUUGUAAUUUUAUCUUUUCAACUAUUUCUACAGUUGGUAUUCCAUUGAUUCAGUCAGCUACUGAAAAUAAUACGGCUUAUGAAUUUGUCAAUGCAGCAUUAGGAAGUUCAACAACAAAUCGCAAUAAUAAUAUCGAUCAUCAUGAACGACAAAAUUCUGGUAUUAGUCGACUUUCUCGACCAAAUUUUCGUCGUCGAAGACAUCACGGUAGUGGUGCCGUACGAAUUAUAAGACCAACAAUUAAUAUUCAUAUUCAUCAGACAUAG